ACGUCAAAGAAUUUUCUUAUCAGCUGAGUUGGAAAGUGAAAAUUGGUGUUUACGUCAAUACGUUAGAAAAUUGUAAUUUUUUCAAAUUUCCUGGCUUUAUUCUCAACAGAUCUGUUACCUAGUGUUUGUUCUUCAAAUAGCGAUAAUAAUUGAGUGGAGUAACAAUGUUUCGAACCUCGAAUUUCGACAAAAGCCUGGAGAGUGCCACCAGCAAUCUGAAUCUGGAACCAGAUUGGCAAUCGAUUAUGGUGAUUUGCGACGCUAUUCGACAGGGUGACGUGACAGCUAAACACGCCAUUCAGCAGCUGAAGAAGAAAAUGUUCUCAACCAAUCCGCACUCGGCUCUGUAUGCGCUACUUGUGCUGGAGAGCGUCGUCAAAAAUUGUGGCUCACCUAUUCACGACGAGAUAUCGAACAAGGCCAACUGUGAGAUGUUUCAGAACCUGGUCAACAAUACCCAACACGAGGAAGUUCGCGCAAAGAUGUUGGAACUAAUCCAGGCGUGGGCUUGCGCGUUCCGUUCGGUGUUCAAGUACCGGUCGAUUCGGGACACUAUGAACAUUCUGAAAAGUGAAGGACAUAAAUUCCCGGAGUUGAAGGAAGCGGAUGCAAUGUUUACCUCGGAAAUAGCCCCGGACUGGGCCGACGGAGAAGUAUGCCAUCGGUGCCGGGUGCAGUUCUCGUUCACUCAGCGAAAGCAUCAUUGUCGCAACUGCGGUCAAGUGUUCUGUCAUCAGUGCUCAUCUAAAACCAGCACUCUGCCCAAGUUUGGCAUUGAGAAAGAUGUUCGCGUUUGCGAGGGAUGCUUCGCUCAGCUGCAGCGUCCAACUCCGACCCUUACGAAGAAACCAACCGAGGAAGAGGAUUUACCAGCGGAGUAUUUGAGUAGCUCAUUGGCCCAACAGACGCAAGCUCCGGCACGCAAAACUGAAGAAGAGCUGCGUGAGGAAGAAGAGUUACAAUUGGCGCUAGCAUUGAGCCAAUCAGAGGCAGAAACGAAGAAAUCUAAACAGACAAGAGGGUCGUUCUAUAAAUCCAGUAGCCCUGAACCAGCUAAGGUCCAGCGGAGUCCAAGCCCAGUGGAAGAACCACCAACAGAUCCCGAGCUGGCUCGCUAUUUGAACAGGAAUUAUUGGGAGCAGCGACAGGCGGCCGAUUCUCCGGCUUCACCUUCCGCUCCAAGCCCGAUGCCAAGUCCAAUGCCAAUGUCGAUUCAACACAAUUUGCUGCUAACAAAGGGCGGGGGAGAUGAUGCCGAGAUAAACGAGUUUGCCCAUGCGAUGAAAACUCAGGUGGAAAUAUUUGUGAACAGAAUGAAAUCAAAUUCGAGCCGUGGGCGCAGUAUUUCUACGGAUAGUUCCGUGCAAACACUGUUUAUGAAUUUGACUUCCCUACAUUCACGACUGCUUACCUUCAUCAAGGAUAUGGACGACAAACGCAUGUGGUAUGAGCAAUUGCAGGACAAAUUGACUCAGAUAAAGGAUUCUCGUGCUGCUCUGGAUGUGUUGAGACAAGAACACCAGGAGAAGCUGCGUCGAAUCGCGGAAGAACAGGAACGUCAAAAGCAACUACAAAUGGCCCAGAAGUUGGAGAUAAUGCGCAAGAAAAAACAGGAAUACCUUCAAUACCAGCGUCAGUUGGCUUUGCAGCGCAUACAAGAGCAGGAGCGUGAAAUGCAAAUCCGCCAAGAGCAACAGAAAGCUCAGUACCGCAUGGGAACAGCGUUUCCCUUCAUGUCGCCUCCGAUACAGGGGCAACCGCAGGGAUCUCCGGUGCAUGGUGGGGUUACAAAUUAUCCCGGCUAUAUGUAUCAACAGAUUCCGGCCGGUGGAACUCUUCCACACUAUGGUCCACCAGGAAGUCAACCGGGAGUGCCUCCUCAAAUCGGACCACAAUUGUUUUCUCCCCAGCAUGGACCACCGACCAAUAUGAGUGGACAAUAUAUGCCCCAAAUCCAACCGGGUGCUGAGAACGUAACAAAUCCGCCGCAGCAGCAGAACCUUGGACAGCCAACCCCACAGCAACUUGGUUCCGCUCCUUCAUCGGGUCCAAUGAUGCCUCCUCCUGGGCUAAAUAUGAUGCCCGGACAGGGUCCUCCACCAGGGCCGGUUCCAAUGGCAAAUGCUCCAAUGAUGGCACCUCCACCGCCGCAGCAAGGACAUCCGAUGAGUGCUGGACCCGUUCCACCACCGCCGGGAGCGCCCAUCCCUUCUCAGGACCAACCACAGUCAGGAGGCCCACAAUCGCAUAUUCCAACAACGCAACAGCCCGCUCCAGCUUCGGCUCCGCCGCAAACAGCGUCUGCACCAGCUCCGUCUCCCGCUAUACCAUCCGCCCCGGAACCUCCGACAGCCGAGUUGAUAAGCUUUGACUAAAUCAUUCUUGAAUACGAUAUGAAUACACUUUAACGAAACAGUAAUGAUUGAUCCAUACAUCAGGUUCUCGAUUUCUAGCUAAAGUUGGUGUCAUGUUGUACUAAAGCCCCAAAAAGAAAAGAGGUUACAGUGAAAUUGAAAUCUAUGUCUUUUUAAUUGUUUUUUUCGCAUUAGCUUCAUGCUUAUAGUGAAUUUAAUCUAAAAGGUGAACGGAUACAUAUUAACCGAUAAACAAAUAUACUGAAAGCAUCCAACGCAAACGUUAAACUUCGCAACGAAACUAUCUAUCGGCUAUUCGUUAUUGGGUAUUGCCCAACACAAUAAUAAACCACAAUAAUUUUCAUUGCAAAAUGUUGAAAUUAUACAAAUAUAUCAAUAGUAGUAAUGUAUUCAAAAUUAUUUCAUACUUGAUACGAAAUAAAUUUUAGGUUCCAAAAUCUCAUUGAACAGUACAAA